CAUGAUAACACAUUAUAGCGUUAUAGCUGUGCAGUGAUAAAUUCUUAGCGACGAUAAAGUUUUCUGUCUAAAGAAUAACUAGAAUGGCAGAUGACGAUCAGGAUCCUAAAGAAUAUCGGUGGGAGACAGGUUAUGAGAAAACAUGGGAAGCUAUCAAAGAAGACGAAGAUGGCCUUGUGGAGGGUUUAGUUGCAGAGUUCGCACAGAAAGCUGCACGCAAGGCGGCCACCCCUCGCCGAGGGCCGAUCCGUCUUGGCAUGAUGAGACAUUUACUUGUUGCUAUAGACUGCUCCGAGGCUAUGAACUCACAGGAUUUGAAGCCAAUGAGAUUCCUUUGUACCCUUAAAUUAUUGGAGAAAUUUGUGGAAGAAUUCUUUGAUCAGAAUCCACUGAGUCAGUUGGGUAUAAUUGCAAUGAAGAACAAGAGAGCAGAAAAGGUGACAGAGCUGUCUGGAAAUGUACGGAAACACAUAAAAGCUGUCCAAGGUCUAUCAAACCAAUCUUUGACUGGAGAGCCGUCAUUGCAAAAUACACUGGAAUUGGCAGGAAGAAUACUGAGGCCUUUACCCGGUCAUGCCUCACGUGAAUUACUAGUGUUAUUUGCUUCCCUAACCACGUGUGACCCUAGUGACAUAACUACUACUAUACAGGCUCUCAAAACAGAUGGGAUAAGAUGCUCUGUGAUUGGUCUGGCUGCGGAGGUACGAAUAUGUAAAAAGUUAUGUCAGGACACUGGCGGAGAUUAUGGGGUGGUGUUGGAUGAUGUCCACUAUCGUUCGUUGCUGUUGGAGCAGACGUCGCCGCCGGCCCGAGCGCGUGCGUUGGACGCUGGGCUGGUUAAGAUGGGCUUCCCGUACACGCCGCCUGCGGAGCAACCGGAUGCCGACCCGCCCAUCACCUUGUGCAUGUGCCACGUGGAAGAGGGUGAGGGCGUAGGUGGUGAGGGCCACCUGUGCCCGCAGUGCCGCAGUAAGUACUGCUCGCUGCCCGCCCAGUGCCGGACGUGCGGACUCACACUCGCCUCCGCGCCGCAUCUCGCCAGAUCGUAUCACCAUUUAUUUCCUGUUGAGCCGUAUGAAGAGUUAACAAAUGAAGGGCAAGCGCAGUUUUGUUUCGCCUGUUUGAGAUCCUUCACCGACGUAGAUAAACAGGUAUUCCGGUGCAAUCGAUGCACAGAACACUACUGCUGGGAGUGUGAGAAUAUGAUAUCGAGUACAUUGCACGUGUGCCCCGGAUGUGCGUCCCGCCCUCACCUCUACCAGCGCUUGCCCGACUCCUCGUGAUGCUAGGAGUGAACUACAAAACAUUGUAACCUAAGGUAUCAUCAGUGGCGUGCACUUCAUACAUGCACAAAAGCACUCCCUCCCCGAACAUUUUUGUAUAACUCAUAAAUGUGAAGUAUUUUGCCAUUCUACGGCAUCUUCCUUUUGUAUGCAUAGCCUGUUCAAAAACCCUGUGCACGCCACUAAGUAUCAUACGGUGUCCAUCCCACAUGUCCGCGGUGGCGUGAAAAUUUGACGUUGACUUUAUGUUUUAGUCCACUACACUAUAAGAUUGAAAUCAAUCUCUUCUGUUGGUAACAGAGUCAAGGUUAGUUAGAGCUAACAUAUAAGUUAGCCCCUGACUGCAAUCUCAUCUGUUAAGCUAUGAUGCAGUCUAAGAUGGUAGAGGGCUAACCUGUUUAAGGUAUGGCAGUUAUAAUAUACCUAUACGCAUAAUCUGUUCCCACGCGGUAUCGUUCGGAAUGCUAAAUCGUUCUUUGUCGGUUAGAUUAUUUCGAAGUGUCCCACAAGAAAGCGAAAAUUUAGAAAUUCUUAAUUGCCAAUUUGCCUCUGUCGGGGCAAGAAUCCUGGAACAGGAUUUGUAUGAUAACUGCCCCAGGAAGGUUGAGAAAAUAAUCACAAAACUCUACCUCAAAACAACAGCAAAACAUCAACACGACCUCAUCUAUUUAUUGACAAUCGUAAUUUUUUUCUGAAUAUCCAAAUGUUCAUUGUAAAUAGAUCUACGUAGUUAUAAGAAGAAUACGAAAUAAAACAGAAAGCAAAUCAUUA